AAGGCUCUAGCGCACUGUACAGCACAUGGAUUCCUCCAUGGCUCUCGCGCUAAAUCUCGAAAGCAUUUUCAUUCCCGCCCAAAAAGAAGAAGCCUUAAACUAAAAUUAGUGUUUUGAGUUUUGCCGCCGCCGCCGCGAGAACUGAGUUAGGUUUCUGGCUGGAUUCGAUCGCCCCGCCUCGAGAACUGACACUGUUUCCGGUGCAGAUCCAUCUCCGCAAACCCUAUUUUUUUUUUGUUGGGUGGAUUCGAUCGCGCCGCCGAGAGAACUGACACUGUUUCCGGUGCAGAUCCAAACCCUAUUUUUUUCUAAUGUCUGAUUUCACAAAUUGAACGAAAACAAAGUGAAGGAAGGAGCCAACCAUGUACGGGAGAAAAGGGUAUCAACUGUUGAAAGAUUUUGCCUCCGGCGAGAAAGGCCAGCUCAAACCUUUUAACAGCAAGCUUUUUGACGAGACUAUUGAAGAAUGUGACCAGAAUCACCAUCUUAUGCAGUCCUUGAUGAGGAAAAUGCAGCAAGAAGAUUUGGAUGUUCAGAACAGUAGAAACGCUGACCACUAUGGAGCACUCAUUCAUCACCUUUCCUUGAUGCGGAACAAGCGCUGCCUCAUGGCUUAUGUGUACAACCGAGCUGAAAUUGUGCGUGAUUUGGCAUGGAGAGUAGGCCUUGAACUUCUCGACCUUCCCUCUGAAAUCCAAGAGAAGCUCACUUCACUGGAGAAGGAGUACUUUAAGAACCAUUCCGUUACUCUGAAAUCAUACAUGGGAAAAGUAGGAAUCGAGUUGAAUGUUGAUAUGGUGCCUCCAAAAGAUCCUUACAUCAAGGUCAGGAUUCUGGAUGAUAUUGAUGAAGGAAUCGUGCUGAGUGACAAAACAACAAAUUUUGCCCGUCAUUCUAUGCAUUUCCUCAAACGAACUGAUGCGGAACCGUACAUUGCUCGGGUCAGUCUUUUCCUUAUUCCCUCUCUAGAACUAGAAUGAUCUAAGCACAUAAACUUCCGUGUUUCAUAAAUGAGGAAUUCAAAGAGUUUAUGCAAAGCGCCUUGUCCAAAUUUGCAGAGAUGUAAAAUAGAACCUUGACUACAGCCUUCCAGGGUAGGUUUAGUAGAAAUAUAAAGAAUACUGCUAAAGAUAACUUAUAACUGAAAAUCUUAGUAGUGAUGCAAGUAGAAGCGUGAAAAUUUCAUAACGGGGAAACAUUGCAUAAACUGUGAAAGUAUUGGUUUGUCUGGUCUACCAUUUGAUGUUUUUUUCAUAGAAUAUAUGCCAAAGCUUGUUUUUGUUAAUAAGAUGCAGUCUGAUUCCAUUACCAAAUUUGAAAAACGGUUAUUGUGUGUACCAAUCGUUUGG